AGAGGUUUACUUCACGACAGGAGGCUGCUGUUUACGGCAGGCUUGACGUGGACUGCAACUGCAAUGGCGGAGGCUGGCGAGGCUGUGCUCCAGGGCGGCUGGGACCGGGAGCUGGCGGAGGCUCUGGACUCUGGCGGCUGCGACCUGGAGACAGUGAGGAACAUCAUCCAGGGCCGAGAGCUUCCCACCACACAGAGGGCCAAGAUCUGGAAGAUCGCACUGAAUGUGGCGGGGAAGGGAGACAGCCUGGCCUCAUGGGAUGGCUCACUAGACCUGCCCGAGCAGACUCUCAUUCACAACAGGUGCCAGCAGCUGAUCGACCCGCUGUCCAUGUCGGAGGAGGAGAGGUCAUCCGCGCUGGCGGACACCGAGUCGGUCAUCACCUUCUACUGCAAGUCCAGGAACAUCACCUUCACCGCCGAUCUCAGCUGGCCGGACCUUCUCCGGCCCCUGCUGACCCUGCGGCUGCCCCGCAGUGACCUGUACAACUGCUUCUACGCCAUCAUGAAUAAGUAUAUCCCCAGGGACUGCGUGCCAAAGGGCAGGCCCUUCCACUUGUACAGGCUGCUGCUGCAGUAUCACGAGCCCGAGCUCUGCUCCUUCCUAGACACGAAGAAAAUCACACCAGACUCCUACGCCAUGAACUGGCUGGGAAGCCUGUUUGCCAGUCACUGCACGCCCGAGGUCACCCAGGCCAUGUGGGACAUCUACCUGCAGCAGGCCGAUCCCUUCGUCAUCUUCUUCCUCAUGCUCAUCAUCCUCGUCAACGCCAAAGAUAACAUUCUUGCUCAGGAAGGAGACAGUAAAGAGGACAUCAUCAAAAUGCUGGAGAGCUCCCCUGCUCACCUGGAAUGUGAGGACGUUGAGGAUCUCUUCUCUUUGGCCCAGUACUACUACAGCAAGACGCCCUUGUCCCUCAGGAAGGAGAACCAGAACCUGUUUGGCAGCAGCCUGGUGGCUCUGAAGGAGGAGGAGAUGGACCUGAGCCAGGCCCUGUGUCUUCCCGUCUCUGUUCCCGAGAUCCUGCAGGCCAACCAGCAGCAAGGGGAGGGGGUGCGCUUCUUUGUGGUGGACUGCCGGCCGGCGGAGCAGUACAACGCCGGACACCUUUCCACAGCCUUCCACCUGGACUCCGACCUGAUGCUGCAGAACCCCUCAGAGUUCGCCCUGUCGGUAAAGUCCCUGCUGGAGGCUCAGAAGCAAUCGCUGGAGUCGGGCUCCAUCGCCAGCGGGGAGCACCUGUGCUUCAUGGGCAGCGGGCGCGAGGAGGAAGACAUGUACAUGAACAUGGUGCUCGCCCACUUCCUACAGAAAAACAAGGAGUAUGUUAGCAUUGCGAAAGGGGGAUUUAUGGCUCUGCAGCAGCACCUGGCCGACAUCAACGUGGAUGGACCGGACAACGUGUACGUGCACUGGAUCGUCAGCACCUCUGGGGCUCGAGGCAGCCUCAGCUCCGGAGCUGACGGUGAGUCUGUGAAUGGGGCCAGCGAUGGCAAAGGAGUGAAGUCCCUGGUCAACAAGAUGACUUUCGCCCUGAAGUCCAAGUCUGUGAAUGUGAAGGAAAAGGUGAUCAGCUUCAUUGAGAACACCUCCGCCCCUGUGGACAGAAUCUCUUUCAAUCUGCCCUGGCCAGAAAAGGCAGUUCCCGAUAGGCAUGUGAGCAGCAGUGACCGGGUGGGAAAGCCGUACCGCGGGGUCAAGCCUGUGUUCAGCAUCGGGGACGAGGAGGAGUACGACACUGAUGAGAUCGACAGCUCCUCCAUGUCGGAUGACGACAGGAAGGAGAUUGUGAACAUCCAGACCUGGAUAAACAAGCCGGACAUCAAAUACCACGUGCCCUGCAGCGAGGUGAAGGAGACGGGACACAUGUUCCCCAGUCAUCUCCUGGUGACGGCGACACACAUGUACUGCCUGCGCGAGAUCGCCUCCCGGAAGGACUUUGCCUACAUCCAGUCCCGACAGGCGCUGAACUCCGUGGUCAAGAUCACCUCCAAGAAGAAACACCCCGAGCUCAUCACCUUCAAAUUCGGGAACAGCAACUCCGCGGGCGUGGAGGUGCUGGCAGUGGAGAGGUACUUGAUACCCAACGCCGGGGACGCCACCAAAGCCAUCAAGCAGCAGAUCAUGAAGGUGCUGGACGCCCUGGAGAGCUGAUAGCAGUAGGGCCCUGGCGGAGAGGAGGAUAGCGCCACCAACCUGCAGGAGUGAGGAACUGAGAGGGGUCCGUGUCCGCAGGGGAAAGGGGAGCUCAGCUCUCUGGACUGAUUAAAAAAAAAAGAAAGAAACGGUGUUGUCUUCUCCUUGUGUGCCAGCACGGCGAGCUCCGAGAGAUCCCGAGCACUAUAGGAGAGCAAGACGACUCCCGGGAAGAGAGCGCUCGAGAUUCUAAAUUAUGAUAAUUCAAUAAUUCUUCACGGUUUAAUUUUCUUUGGAUCUUAAGAAAAAAGAUUUAAAAGAUGCAGUGUAUUAUUAUAGCUCCUCUUACCUUCUGUUUCUAGUGUUGACCUCUAGCCUUAAUGAGAACAGGUGCAAAACAGUUUGUGAGCACUCCAGUCCAAGCUAGGACAGUUGUUCAGUGAGGAGCUCUGCGAAACACUUGGUUGGAUAUUUGAUCACUGAAAAUUGACUAGUUUUUGUUUUUAACAACCAGCAAUCUUUUCAUUUGACUAACCUGCUUGAAUUUCACAGAGAUUUCUUUUUCUUAACCAUUGCUGGACAAGUACUAGAGAGCGCAGGAGUCACUGGGAGAACAGGCCCUCUCUGCUGCUUUGGGAUCCUGAAUGAGUGAGUUCUACUCCAGUGUUUAGGCAGUGCCAGUGUACAUGAGAACCCUGUGCCGUUUCUGUAGUGGUGAUUAAGUCACUCUUCAUUCGAUUGACGGAUCUAGGGAAAGACUAACUGUCCAGUUUGCUCAGGCCAGCUCCUGUGUACACAUGCUUGUAAAUGAAAUAUGAUAAAGUUCUGAUUCCUUGUUAAAUCAUUUUGAUACCUGUCCUUAUAAGCUUCUAGCCUUAACCCAUACCUUGCUGUGAAUUUAGGUGAAACCCUAUAAAUAUUUACUGUAUAUAUUUUACACUUGUGUUAACUCUAAACCACAAACACCAGACCUGGAAGAAGUGCAUUCUGGGAAGAAACAAAUUUCCAGUUGAGAACUCCCACACAAGGAAGGGGACCGAUGUGGGAUUGACAGGAUAUUGUGGGCACCCACCAUGAACUCAAGACUAUCUCCCUUCCUGUGUCCGGCUUCAGUCUCGCCAUCCUCAUCCCAGUCUUGGCUCCAGAUUUUAAAUUUCUGGAGCUCUCCAUGGGCACAGAAGGGGACCCCAGGGGUUUCUGCCGCUCUGCUCUGGCAAGAAAAGAAAGCCUCCACCCCUGCCUGCAGCUGACAGGCCUCAAGUGAAUUUAAGUGUAACAAUAUAAAUAUUUACUGUAUAUAUUUUACACGUGUUAACUACAAAUCACAAACAAUAGAUCUGGAAGAGUGGAUGUGACCGCACCACCAUAAAUCUAAACAGCAGGUGUGAUGACAGGGAAGCAUGAUUUUAUUUGUUAAACCAGUUCUUAAAAUCUUCCUUCCCUGCAGUCUGUAUACGAAUUUCAGUGCACUGUAGCAGUUCCCUACGUGGACAAGCGGGGACAAGCAGUUAAAUCUACAGACCUGUAUAGUGUGCAAACACUGGCGUGGGGGGAGAGGAGACACAGGUGUUCAUGGAUAACUCAUGGGGAAUAUUUUGUUUUCCUCCCACAACUAUUUUCAAAUAACCCUCAUUAAUAGGCUUCAGCUUUUCCUAUCUGUAAAAAUUUGUAGUCAUUGUUUUGUGUAAACUGCACCUUAAAGUUGUUUUUGUUUUUUAGGGGGGGGAACCCUCUGUUGUACUUUAAUAAAUCUACAAAGCAAA